UAGACUGCUAACCAUCGAGAGCUCUCAAAACACAGAAACCCAUUUCCUCUCUCUUUCUCUCUCGUCUGGCUUCAGUAUCUCUGUACUGCACCGACUGUAUCACUGGUCGUAUCCCAUGGAGGGAGUUGGGUCAAGGCUGGGCCGAGCCUCGUCGCGCUACGGCUCCUCCUCCUCGGCCGUCUUCAGUGGCCCAGUUAGGAAAUGGAAACGCCGUUGGGUCCAUGUCUCUUACCCGACCAACAACUCCUCUCGCUCCAAUAACGCCAAUAACACCACCAACUCCUCCGCUCUCGUCCUCUGCCGGUGGACCCCAAUUUCCGGCGACAACUCCGUCAAGACGGAGGAGCCGCCUCGCCGGAAGUUCCGUUACGUUCCGAUUGUUGAGCUAGAAGAUCAGAAACAAGAGGCUUCCGAAAAGGUUGAUGGUAAAGCUAAAACACGCAAAGCAUCAUCUAGAAGUGAUGAUAUCUUUGGAAUUCCCAAUAUUGAGGGUGUUUUUACUGAAGAAAUUCAGGCUGCAAACAAGAUCCGUUCAACCCAGCAAGAUUCAAACAUGAGCAACUUGAACUUGGAUUUGGGCUUGAAGGGCCACGAUGAAUACCUAGAAUCAGAUGGUGAAGACGACGAGGCUGGGAAGUCUGGGUUAGAUUGAGCUCAGGAGUCUCACCGCAAGGAUAGAAGACUGCAUGUGUGUUUACGUGAAGCCAUCCCUUUUGUUGACUCACUGUAGUGCCUAAUGUGCAUGAUAUGUAUUGUGGAAAAGAAUCGCACUGCAACCUUAGACCUUUAGUGGAGGUUUGUGUAUUGGCACGUGGAUUAUCUGGAUGUGAAAUAUGUACUUUAGUGGUAGAUAGUAUAUGCUGUACAUACGAAAUGACCAUUUUCUACUGUGACUGGUUCCUUUGGUGUGCUGGGGGUCGACCGUAACAAUACCCUUACCAGUA